GUAUUUUUAUUAUUCAGCGCCGCUCGCUGCUUGCCGCUUUAUACAGCUCAGUCAGCCACUGCACUCUAGUGAUUUGUCCGCUUUGCGAGUUUACGAACGCGAAAGCUAUCGGGCAGGUUCUGCUGGCUUUUCAGAAAUUCACGAUUUUCAUUUCAGUUCAUCGAUCUCAACGUAAGCGAUCGGACGCAGAACUUGCAAGCAAGCGAGAUAACAUCGCGUUACACUUAAAUAUGAUAUAAAAUAAUACAGCUAGCAGUGGUAUUAUAUGAAAUUAGAUUUCCGAAGCAUUGCGGUGUGUAGUGAACACAAAAAAAAAGCUGAAAAAGACACUCGUCAGUGCUCAGUUUCGAUAAUUCGUAAAUUCGCGCUCGCUCGCCAGCUAGCUACGAUACAUACAUACAUACAUAUAUAGACAUUGUAGAUUGUUUUGACAUCUAUUUAAGAACUUUAUCUUAUCAUCUUCGUAUCAUCGUGUAAUGCGUAUGCAGCGACUAACAGCAGCCUAUCGUCGGUGGUCCGUCAGACUUGCCCUCGUCCUCAUUCGUUGUGCUAUGCUAGAAAUCUAGCAUUUGCUUGCUGUAUGAUACGAGUAUCGUGUUAAGAGCAAAUUGAGAGUUUUCAAUAAAAUUUCGCUAAAAGCCGUCGCAAAACUGUCACCGCCGACAGACAAAAUUGUGCUUAAAAAGCUGAAAAAUCGUUGUGCCAAAAGUUCUUUCAUAAAUUGGAAACGUCGCAAAAGGAGGCGGACGGCCAACAGCAGCAGCAGCGGCAGAGCAGGUUGAAGUGAUUCAAGUAAAUGCCGCAAAUCAGAGUUUUUCACAAAGACAGAGAUAAAGACAAUCGGCCUAAAUGUGGCACAAAAACAACUACUUUAACCACCUAACUGAGUGCAAGUAAAUUUAGUGACAAAUAAAAUACAUAAAUAAUAAUAAACGCACACAAUCAAACGUAGAAGUGCUUGUGAGUGAAAAUAUCAUCGAUAAGUUGCAAUAAUAACAAUAAACCCGAAAAAGCGCGCUCAAGUUGAAGAAACCAGUUCGUGAGCACGCAGCGGGGCAUCAAGCCGCAGCAAAAGCCGAAAUAAUAACAACAAACUUAUAUACUAUACGCGUAUAGAUAAAAAUAAAAACAACAUUGGCACAGUCUUUUUUGCAACGUUGCCAUACUAUAAACUACAGAAGCAGGCAGGCAGUCGAGUUCUUCUCGAUUUUCUCGUCGCUUGUUGUUAUCAUUGUAUCCGCCGCUGCCAUAACAAACGCACCAACGGGCAUCGUCACCAAAUACGGCACAAGUCAAAAGGCAAAACAAUGCGUUUCACUUACAAUCAGUAUAAUUAUUCCGAAUCCGGUUAUCGGAUUCCAUCCAAGAUGCACAACAGCAACGCGGGUAACGGCUCAUUGGCGGCUGCACAUCAGCAUCAUUAUAGAAGUAAUUUUGGUAUGCGUAUGACCAUGUCGACGGCAUCAACGAUGACAGCACGCAUUCAACGCAAAGGCUUUCGUACGCCCUCGAAGCGAUAUCCGGGCAAGGCGAUACCUAGUAAAUUGCAUUCUGUUUCGCGGAUUGGUCCUGGUAAGUUGGUGCCUGGCAAGCGUUUCCCACCACGACCACAUCCACCACCCUGCGACAAUUCCAAUGAUAGCGGUUUUGGCUUCGAUCAGCAUGUUGAAGUACAGCAUCAGCAACAACUGCAAGCCCAUCAUCACCUGCAUUCGGCCAGUGGUAGUAGCGCCAGCAGCAGCAGUAGCAGCAGCAGCAGUAGUAGUGGUAGUCCAGGCAACAGUAGCGAUAUUAUGCAGAACAACAACAACACUGCCACCAAUCUAAGCAUCAAUAAUAAUAACACCAGUAGCAGCGGUGGUCAUCAUCAUGGUAAUAACCAUCAUCAUCAUCAUCAUGGACAUGGUCAUCACCACAGCUCGUCGGCAAUGCCGCACUCGGCGCAUGUCAUACGUGCCAUACCGGCCUCAAGUUCAACACCCAGCAAGAAAUUACCAUUUGUCAACUCCACGGACGAUGAGGACUAUUUUGAAGAUUUUUGUACUGAUGACUCCAGCGAUUACUAUCGCAAGCGCUUGAAUUCGGAUUCUAACAGUCAGCCGCUCAGUGGCAGUAAUCAAAAUCAAACCACACAACAACAGCAACCACAACAACCACAAUAUGCGGAAGACAAUUCAACGAGUACGAAGCGUAGAAAGCUCGAAAGCUUUGUGGAGCUCGACAAUGACGAUGCGUGUAGCGAAGAUGCUUUUAUACGAAAAAUUGCUAGCGCCACCAAUUUGGAAGCGCCAACCGUUGAAGCACCGCCACCAACACUGAUGCUGUUGCCCACAGUGGCGCCCACAAAAUUUAUACCAACAGGUCCUCGCGCCAUGACCAGAGUGGCACACAAGCGCCAACCGGCGGUGCCACAAAAUACUAUAGUGACCUCAUCGAAUGGACGUGUGCAGCUGGAAAUUGUCUCUCAGCCAGAGCAACAGCAUCGUGCGCGUUAUCAGACUGAAGGCAGCCGUGGCGCUGUUAAAGAUCGUAGCGGCAAUGGUUUCCCUAUCGUGCGUCUCACCGGCUACAACAAGCCCGCUGUGUUGCAAGUAUUCAUUGGCACCGAUAUCGGCCGCGUGGCACCACACAUGUUCUAUCAAGCCUGCAAAGUGGCUGGUAAAAACUCCACACAGUGUAAUGAGAAGAAAGUGGACGGCACCAUGGUCAUUGAGAUCGAUUUUAAACCAGAGUCUGAUAUGACAGUUACUUGCGAUUGCGUUGGCAUACUCAAGGAACGCAACGUUGAUGUAGAACACCGAUUUCCGGAUCAUUUGGCGCAGAAGAAUAAAAAGAAAUCAACACGCUGCCGCAUGGUAUUCCGCACACAGCUAACACAUGAAGAUGGCACCUUGGAAAUGCUACAAGUCUGCUCAAAUCCUAUUAUUUGUACGCAACCACCAGGUGUACCGGAAAUAUGCAAAAAGUCACUGACUUCAUGUCCAGUAGAUGGUGGACUCGAACUCUUCAUUAUCGGCAAGAAUUUUCUGAAAGACACACAUGUGCUCUUCCAAGAGACCUACGAGAGUGUGCCGCCAAAUGAAGUUGCAACAGAAUUGGCUGUGCGACAGCAUUUAGGAGGUGCUUUGUGGGAGCAAACCGUGCUGCCAGAUAAGGAAUAUUUACAACAGACUCAUUUGGUGUGCGUUGUGCCACCCUAUAUACAUCAGAAUAUACUCAAACCAGUCACUGUGCAAUUGGUAAUUAUAUCCAGUGGCAAAAAGAGCGAGCCACACGCAUUCGUUUACACGCCAAAAGGUAGUUACACGACCUUGGCAGCUGCAACCACAUUAAGCUCAGCGGCAUUGCAUGGUAGCUUAUCAGCGGCACAAGAUGCCAACACAUUUAUGGAUACAACGAACGCUUUGGCGCCCGCACUGGGUGGUGCUACGGGCGCUGGUGGUGGCGCUGGCGCUGUGCUUUGGCCGGCCGGCACAGAGACGAAGCAGGAGAUCGAUUCCGGCAUGAUGCCACCACCAAUUACCACGCAAAUGCCGAUGGGUGUGCGUCGCCCUUCAUUGCCCACCGCCACGCCCAUGUUGACGGAUCAGCAGUUGGUGCGCCUAAACGUCGCUGACACGCUCAAGACUGAGUUGAUCGAUGAGACAUCCCAAAGCUCACUGGCCGAGGCCAUACAAGCGCCCGAUGUGGUUAUGGCUAAUUGCGGCGCACCUAUUAGUCCGUCGGCCAUGCAAUUUCACGCACAUUACGAUCACAAGAAUAGUAUGGACGCGAUGAUGUUCGAUUCGAAUAGCAUGUCGGCGUUUCCAGUAGCUGCCGUAGCGCCGCCAUCUGUAGCGGCUGCCGUAGAGUUGGCCGUGAAGACUAAAAUUGCUAAAGCUGUGGCACAACAACAACAGGCUGUCGCUGUGGACAAAUUCAUUACAGAUUUAACCAAAUCCACAGCUGUGGCAGAUGAUCCCACUGUGGCGGCUGUUGUAGAGGAAACUCUAUUCAGCGGCGUCGGUGGUGUUAAUAGCGCUGUCAGUGCGGUUAUUGAUCAUCCAUUCGGUGACAUUAUGCAGCAACAGCAAUCACCAGCCGUACUCGAACGUAGCUUGUCCAUAUCGAGCAACUCCUCCUCGAAUUCUAACAGUUCGAGUGGUUCUUCGCCACACACUGGCCUCACAGCCACACUCUCUGUCUCACCAAAUAACUCGUUGAAUGGGCAUAACUCACCCAUUACACAGGAUAUAAUAUUGAAUUCAGAGCCGGCGGCUGUACUAAAUGCCAUGCCGAUGCAACAACUCUUGCCUACAGCUUUGGGUGGCAGCCCGAACGCGGCUGUGUCGCCGAAUGUUGUGGUCGAGGCGGCCGUUAACGUACAAGGCACGCCAAAUGCCACUGCCGUCACGGAUCCAACAGGCGGCAUUUCCACGGAAAUGAUUAUGAAUCCCGCAGUCUCGCCGUCCACGAUACUGUGUUCAGCUAACGGUGCUGCCACGGCUGUGGUGCCGAAUAUUAUGGCGCCACACCAAGUCACAAUGGCCAAUUCGAUUUUGAAUGACAUCGCCAUGCAACCGCAACCAACACAACAACAUGCUGCCGUUGCGGCACUUGCGCUCAGCAAUAUCAUAAUGAGUCCGACCAGUGCACCGGGUGCGGUGGUGGAUGAUGUGGCUAGUGUUGAGCAGACUGUUGAUCAACCGGCCGAUGUUACGGUGGCCACGUCGACUGCCGUUAGUAAUUUGAUUAUUAAAGCCGCUGCCGAUCUGAUAUCGACUCAGGAGAAACAGCAACAACAACAGCAUAUACAACAACAACAUCAGCAAAUUCAACAGCAACAACAACAGCACAUACAGCAACAACAUCAGCAAAUACAGCAGCAACAACAGCAAAUUCAGCAACAACAACAGCAAAUACAGCAGCAACAAUUACAACAGCAACACCUUCAUCAUCACCAACAAGCGGCAGCGCAACAGCAACAACAACAUCAGCCGACACAAGCAUUAAUCAAUGGUGGCGCCGCUGCUACCACUGCCAGCACCAGUCCUUUGGUGAACUUGCUUUUAAAUCAUCCCGACGCGCCGCCCUCGGCCGCAGUGGCAGCAGCCGCUGUCAGCGAGGUUCAGUCGCAAUUCUCAUUGGCCAUUCCCCCCACAGCAGCACCGCAGGAAUCUCUCAUUGUCGCUUUGGCCACCGAAAACUCAAUGCAAAAGUCCGUAGCCGCAGCUGCAGUGACCACAAAUGGCGCUGUUGUUACGCAACAAACUACCGCUCCAGCUGCCGGCAUUCUGCCUGGUGCUGCCGUUGGACCUGUGCCUCUUCCGCAAGAGUUGACCACCAUGUCGGAUCAAGAUUUGCUUAGCUACAUCAAUCCAAGCACUUUUGAUCAAAUCUAAAAACAUGGUGUUAGUUGAUUGAUCGACAAGUGAAGGAACGAGUGGCGUACAACUCUUGUGCACCGCUGAUAGCAUUCAGAGGCAUUGAUUGGAGGCAGAGAAUGGUACAUGGCUUUAGCGCCAGCUUGCUAGUUGCCCGGAAGCAUUGACAGUUUGUUCAUUGUAACACACAAGCAAUGUGGUGUGGAUGGGUGGAGUUAUGAGGCAGCUAUGGUAGCUGCUAAAACAACAACAACAACCUUAAACUAUAAAUUGACAACAUUACAAUUCAUACAGAUAAUUUAUACAACAUGCAUACAUACAAAGACAUACACACAAAUAAAUGUUGUGUCAAUAUUAACAUUGUUGUGUUGGCCGUGAAACCGUGAAAAGCUUAAAUUUAAACUUUUCGUCGUGUUUAAAUGUUGAAUGGAGCCAAAAAAAAAAAUUGAUUUGAUGUCAAACGUUAUUAGCGGAAAACUACAUACAUAUUUUCCUUAACUACAAGUACAAUGCGUUUGCAAUUGUUAUAUAAUCAUGUGUGCAUAACGAAUACAAGAAGUAAUGUGAAAUUUUAUGAAAUAUUAUAGGCACAAGCGUGUCUAGUUGUAUAAUUGUGACGCAAUUAAUUUUUUCUAAAAAAUGUACAAACAUUUUUGAGAAUUUCUACUAAUUUCUGAUUCUGAAAUUUGUGAGAUUUGUUACAAAAUCUAAAACAAGUCGCUGGUGCUUAAAGCAUAAACUGCAAACAAAAAAACAUAUAAAUAUAAAAAAAACAUAAGUAAAAUUAUCUCAGCAUAAUGAAUGGAUUACUUAUUACUGCCAUAGGUCAAGUGAAAAUUUGAGCUAACACUUAUUGUUAUUAUUAUUGUUAAACUUAAAAUAACAAAACUUGAUGAUUUGAAUUGUACUACUCUCGUCGGUAUUGCAACAAAAAGAAAUACACGAGACUAAAACUAUACAUAUAACCUUAUAAUAUAUAGAGUUUUCAAUGUCAAGCUUUGAAAUAUAGUAUCUAAUACGUAUUUUUGUAUAAGUCUAUACUAUGUAUCUGAUUCAUACAUUUAUUACAAUAAUUAUACAUAUACACAAACAUAUACAAAAAAAAAAUUACAAAAAAUCACCAGAAAUAAUAUUUAUAUAAAUAACAAUGGAAUAAGUCUUAUAAAUAUACACAAUAAUUUGCAAGCAAACGAAUUUGCAUUACAAAUAUGGUCAAUAAGCUACAGUUAAGUGGAAAAGUGAACGCUAAAUUAUUGAAUUGCACUAAAUUGUUGGUUAAAAAUUUUUGCAAAUGAGUGUUGAAAUUUUUAGUUAUACAAAAUAAAUUAUAUUUAACAUUAAAUCAAUUGGGCUCGAAGUAAAAUAAUAAUGCAUACAUGUUUACUACAUAUAAAUAACUGUUUUGUAGAAUAACUAAUUUGUAUGCUGUUUGGCUAGUGUGCGCACUUAAAUUAUUGAAUGGAUUAAAUGUUUACAGUGACCUGCGUUUUAUGUGCACUUACAAUUAAAUAUAUAAAAAAUAUUAAAAAUAAACUAAAAAAAAUUUAAAAUUAAAAAUAAAACUAAAAAAUAUUAAUUAAAAUUAAAAAACAAAAAAUUAAAAACUAAAACUAAAAAACUUGCUAAAAACAAAAAACGUUCACUAUAGCAAAACAAUUUGGUGCAAAAUUUUUAAGCAUGAAAACUUAAAAAAAAAAAUAUUUAUACAAAGUUGAGAGAAUAUUGCAAAAAGACUUUUUGAUAGUUCGUUAAUAUAAUUAUUUCCUAAUUAAAAUUAUUUUCGCGUUACACUGAUAGCUUAGGCAUUACAUAUAAGAUUUAAAUUAUAAGUGGACCUUUUAAUGUGCGUUUUUGAGUGAUUAAAGCGUUUCGCAAAAGCAGAUUACAGUAUGAUAUGGAAGGCACUCAUAGAGAUUUUCAAAGUUGUAUUUUGAGCAGUUUAUAAAUUAUAACACUUUUUGUUUUUGUAAAACUGUCGUGAGUUAAGAGAGUUAGAGCUACUCAUACAUUUACUUUUGUUGUAGGCAUGUUUGUGCGUAAAACAACAAAUUACUGUAUUUGAAACGAAAAAAUUCAAAAAUCCCCCAAAAAAUAUGAAUACUAAUUUUUGUUAUUUUCCUAUUUCUUUAAGUUUUUGAAAUGGCAAGCAUUACUAUUAUUAUUUUUUCUAAAAUUAAAAAAAAAAAAUCAUUAAAUUCAACUGUAUGGAAAUGCAAAUUGUGCGUAGUUGUUAAUGUGGUUAUUAAUUGUGAUACAGUGCUGAAUAUGUGUAUGUAUCUGUGUUAAAAAACGCAAACUUGUCUAAAUUAAAAUUUAAAGUAAAAAUUGUGAAGUUUAUUGUAAACAUUAAUGUUAAAUAAAUAAUUUCUAAUAAAUGUUAAAAUUUGAACAACUGUAACUUAGCAUAACUUAAAACAAACAUACGAUUAGAUUUCCUUUUGAAGAAUACUUUGCCACCCAUAUUUCAAGCAACAUUUAAUACAUUACUUAUAUUUUAAUGGCAUUUAUUUAUUUUAUUUUUUAUUGAUUUUUUCAUUUAAUUUAAUUUUUUUAAUUAAAUUUUAUUUAAUUUUUUUAACAUGAAAUCAUCACUAAAUUUAGUUUACAAUUAAUAAUAAAUACGUAAUAUGUUCUACCAACAGAAUUCUUCCAUUUUUUUGUUUGCAAAAACAAGAAAUUUAAACAUAACCUUAAAUCCUGUAAAUGAAUGUUCAAUUAGGUAUGCAUUAAAUAAGGAUGAUUUAAGAGGAAAAGUAAAAUACAAAGAAUAUUGAACAACGCUGACUUAUAUUAUUAAAUGGAAGUUACGUGCACAUAUGUAUAUGUACAUAUAUGCAUGUAUAUAAAUAAUAUACUUUUAUAAGGGUGUACGUUAUUUACCAAGUAAUUUUUUUUUAAACACACUCCUGAAAUUUCUACUUUUGCGCUAAAAAUGAGGGUUCAGCGUUAACAAGCGCUUUAUUUUCAAUCUAAAUACUGCCCAAAACGUUUUAUUUUUCCCAUAUUUUUUUGAUAUUUUGCAAAAAAUUUUUUAUUUCUAAAACAACCUUGAAAAAGUGAUAUUCUCAAUCCAAAACCUCCGCUCUACAUAAAAGGUAUGAAUGAUUUUUUCAUGAAAACCUUCCUUUUAAAGUUAUACGCAGUUAAAGUAUGGCAUCAAAUGUACUGUAUUGAUAUAGUACACCAUGUCGUAUGAGCAACACUGAACGUAUAAAUCACUUGUGUGACUAUUUAUGCCGUUCGAUGUAUAACUUUAACUGUGUAAAACUUUUGAACGAAUAUUUUUUAUAAAAAAACGAGACCUUUUUGUGGAACGAGAACUUUGAAUUAGAAUAUACAAUCUUUUUCACAGUUGUACAUUUGUAAGAUAUCAAAAAAUGCCAUGUUAUAUACUUAGGAAAAGAAACAUGAUUCAGACACGUUUUAAAUUCAAAAUAAAGAGCUUGUUAACAUAUUAUUCCUAUUUUUAGCGCAGAAACUGAAGCUUCAGGGGGCAUUUGCAAAAAAAGAAAUAAUAAGCUGGAGAAAUAACUCACAUCGUAAUAUACAAGUGUAUGUAUAUCAAUUGUUAGUUGUGAAGCAUGGAAUUUUAUUGCGUUUUACAUACACAUAUUAACAAUCUAUACAGAGAUUGUACAUAUUCUAUAUCUUAAGCUAUCUAACUUUAACUCUUUGUUCAAAAGUCGUUAUUUUGCCGUAUGCAUACACACUACAAACGAGUACAUUUCACAAUUGUAAUGUAUACAGCGAAUGUUUUAAUAAAAAAAUAAAUAAAGUUCAAAUAUACACAAACUAAUAAAUAA